AUGCAGUUCAUCAUUAGUAAUUGGAAGUCACGUGUGGGAGGACCAGUUGAUGCGAGCGCAUUCCUCAAAUCGUUGCGAUCAUCACGCUCACCUGCGAAGGAAAAGGAAGUACUAAUUGAUUUAUUUGAUGACUGGGACGUUCUCACAAACACUUGGUUUGAGGUUGCCGACUGCGCCAGUUUUAGUGAAGAACUAGCUGAAGAUAAGUCGUUUCCUGCUCGACAGAAAGCCGUAUUAUUGGCUUCCAAGGUCGCGUUCUGCUUGGAGGACUACGAGAAUGCCCUAAACUUCGCCUUAGCUGCUGACACCCAUUUCAAACUUACUCCUAGGCCAAAGUCAAAAACUGUUGGGGGGGAAAAGGAUGAUGAGUAUGUCAACAAGAUCAUUGAAAUUGCCAUUGACGCCUACAAGAACCGGAAUUUAGAUAAGAACGAGCUUCUGUAUGUUAUUGGACUUGCUCUUGACACUCGUCGUAUUGAUAUGGUCGAAAAGGCGAUAAUCAAAUGCACGGAAUCACAUGUAUUACUCCUGGAAACUAUCCACAAGAUCACCAAUGCCAAGGUGGAUGUGCAACUACGUGCACAGUUGCUUGACGUACUUGUGCGAUUAUUUACAAGUAACAAGCAUGCUGAUUUCGUGGCAAUUUGCCAAUGUUUGGUGAAGUUGAAUCGCCCGGAAGAUAUUGGGAAGCUGCUGGACAGACUUAUGAUACGUGAGAAUGGAGAUCUCAUCGCUUAUCAGAUUGCGUUUGAUUUGUAUGAAAAUGCUUCCCAGCAAUUCAAUACACAGGUAUUUUAUGGAACUACGGAACCGAAAGAAGGCCCUUCAGCAAAGGUUGAAGUGGAAAUGAAAGACUGUGUUCGAACAGCAAUGGCUCACAAUGCGACUUUGAUGGCAAAUGGUCUUAUGCAUCUCGGAACGAGGUGCGAUGACUUCUUACGAGAUAACUUGGAUUGGAUAAGCAAAGCUACAAACUGGAAUAAGUUUAACGCAGUGGCUACACUGGGUCUUAUCCACAAGGAUCACGAGUCAGCAGCUAUGAAACUUUUGGAGCCAUACUUGCCCAAGUCUGAGGCCGAUCAGUUCGGAUUCAAGGAAGGUGGUUCAUUGUUCGCUCUUGGCCUCAUUCACGCAAAUCAUGACACGGACGACUGCAUCAAGUAUCUACGCGAACAACUUGCAGCUGCUCAAACAUCUGCGGUUUGUCAAGGAGCAUGUCUCGGACUGGGUCUGGCUGCAAUGAGGACACAAAAUCAAGAUGUUUAUCUGCAACUUCGUGACGCAUUGUAUUUGGAUGAUGCUGUCUCUGGUGAAGCAGCCGGUUUGGCUAUGGGUCUUGUGAUGGUAGGAAGCCUGAAUUCGGCGGCAUUCCAGGAUAUGGUUCAGUACAUUUGUGAUACGCAGCAUGACAAAAUUCAACGUGGUUUACGAACAGGGAUCUCUCUUUUAGCAUAUGGUAGGCAAGACGAGGCUGAAUCUUAUAUAGCACAACUAGUAGAUUUGAAAUCUAACGCCAUGUUGCGAUCAACUGGAGUAGCAAUGUUGUCAAUGGCAUAUGUUGGAAGUGGACGCGCAAACAUUGUUUCUAGGUUGCUUGAGAAGGUGGCAACUGAUCCAAACAAUGAUGUGAAAAGAUUUUCGGUCAUGGGUAUAGGGUUUUUGUUGAGCAACAAUCCAUCUAUAUGCAAAGAUUAUGUUGGAAUGAUUGUGGAGCAUUUUAAUAGCCAUGUACGAUAUGGGGCUGCAAUGGCACUUGGAAUUGCCUGUGCUGGCACUGGAUAUAAGGAAGCAGUUUCACUGCUUGAACCACUCCUUUCCGCCAAGGAGAACUAUGUAAGGCAAGGAGCUGUCAUUGCUCUUUCCUUCAUUUACGUACAACAGAUUGACGUUAGUUGCCCAAAGGUUGGCGAAUUCCGCAAGCAACUCACUAAGAUGACCACUGAGAAAGGGGAAGACUCUAUGGCUAGAUUUGGAGCGAUCAUUGCGCAGGGGAUUCUUGAUGUUGGUGGGCGCAAUAUGACUAUUGCUCUGCACAAUCGGUCAGGCACAAUGGAUAUGGCUGGAGCCGUAGGAAUGAUGGUAUUUCAGCAGUUUUGUCCUGAUGAGAAUUCAGCUCAGAGUCGGACAGAUCUAUUUCUCUUCCGAACAGCGACGCUAGAUGCUGCCCAUAAAGAGUGGUCGACAGGCGAGACGAAAUGUGGCGUUUUAGAGCGCGACUCACAUACACCAUCCAACGGCAUGAACCUGGAGCAUCGUAUUAAGGCCUAUCGGUUCGUCACUUAUUCCGCUGUAACCUUUUCGGUGGUAGCCGUCAUCUCUGUGUACACUACGUUACCAAUGGUUUAUAACUAUGUGCACCAUGUGAAGCGACAAAUGCAUAAUGAGGUGAACUUUUGCAAGGACUCUGCUCGCGACAUAUAG